AUGCUGCAGCCAUCUUCCAGCGGAAAUGCGCGGUUAAUCCGCAGAAUACACCGGGCGUGCCGCCCGACGUUGCACGAACCGGACCUCGCGCUCAACCUUGAGAUCUGCGACUACGUGAACGAAAAGCAGGGUUCGGCGCCACGUGAUGCAGCAGUCGCCAUUGUGCGCCUUAUCAACGGAUACGACCCGGCGGUUUCCGAGUUGGCAUUGGCGUUGCUUGACCACCUUGUUAAGAACUGUGGGUACCCGUUCCACCUCCAGAUCUCGCGCAAGGAGUUUUUGAACGAGUUUGUCAAGAAGUUUCCCGAAAGACCACCGCCACGCUACCUGCGCCCGCAGCGCCAGAUCUUGGCGUACAUCGAGGAGUGGUAUCAAACCAUCUGCCGCUCCUCCAAGUACAAGGAUGACCUCGGCUUUAUCAAGGAUAUGCACCGGUUGUUGGCGUACAAGGGCUAUGUAUUCCCUGAGUUGAAGCGUGAGGACUUGGCUGUGUUGCAGCCGAGCGAAAACUUGAAGUCAGUCACGGAGAUCCAGAAGGAAGAGAAAAUUGCCCAUUCCGCGAAGUUGCAGGAGUUGAUCAGACGUGGCAAGCCAAACGAUUUGAAGGAGGCGAACAAGUUGAUGAAAAUCAUGGCUGGGUUCAAGGAUGACGAAGUUCUUGCGCAGAACAAGACCAUUGUCCACGAGGAUCUUCAGAAGUUGAAGCGCAAGGUGGAUCUUUUCCGCGACAUGUUGACCACAGUGGAGGCCCAGGGCGGGAAAAUUGACGAUUCCGAUGACACGUUGAACGAGUUGUACUCAGCGGUGAAGGUUGCCAAGCCUAAAAUUACCAUGAUCAUUGAGGAGGAGCAGGAGGACAGCGAGGACCCAGCAAAGGUGACGGAAUUGUUGGAGUUGAACGACGCAAUCAAUGGGUUGAUGCAGAAAUACCAGAUGAUGAAAUACGGGAAGACUGAGGGUGAUAGCGCUCCUGUUCAGAGUCUGAACACCCAGAGCUUGAACUUGAUCGACUUUGAUGACGAUCCACCAGUGGGGGCUGCCCAGGAGACUUCAAUCAAUGAUUUGUUAAGUGACUUGUCCUCGUUGUCGUUCUCUAACACUAACAACGUGAACACAAACAUGGCGUUGAACAACUUUGGCACUGGUGGACUGAUUGACUUGAACAGCUUGUACAACAGACUGGCUGUCGCGUCUCCUGUUCCUGCCCAAUCUGAUCCUUUUGGUCUUGCUUUCCCGACCAGCCAGACCGCUUCCCCCGCCCUUGUGCAAUCUGAUCCAUUCGGGCUUGCAUUCCCAGCCCAGGCAUCACCAUCUCCUGCCCAAUUGGAUCCAUUCAGACUUGCUUUCCCAGCCUCCAGCCCUGCCAGUGUCUCUCAGGCCGAUCCAUUUGGUGCUGCGUCCCCAGUAAAGGUUUUGUCUGAGUCCGCUAACUUAAAGGUCAUCUACUCCAAGGCGCAAGGCUCUCGUUACGACUUACAGUUGACCAGCAAAAGCACCGUUGCCUUGGGUAAUGUAACGUUUAUGGCCGCCCCGCCGAAGAAGUUCUCCCUUCAGUUGCAACCGCCUUCAGCCACGGAUUUGAAUGCGGGCAGCGGUGUCAUCAACCAGAGCAUGGUCCUCGGUGGCGCUAGUCCUUCUGACGCCGUCAAGAUUAAGUGGAAGAUCAGCUACGUCCUCAAUGGCGCCAACGUCGAGGAAACUGGUAUCACCGUUUUAGAGUAA